CUGUGGCAGGUGAAAGAGUCCCCGUACUUAGGGACGUGGGCGACUCCGGUUUCGGCUACUCCUGCCUGCAGCCCUCGGUGGGGCACAAUCUGUGCCCCUCAGGCUACGCCCCGCGCCUCCUCAUUGGCUUCUUCAGGCACGUGGUAGGGUGGUCCCGCCUCCGGGUGGCCUGAGAGGCGGCACGCUAAGCCGCAUGGACAGCUUGGCGCUGGGCCGAUGGAGACGACGAAGGAUCGAGGAGCUGCCGGCCGCAGGGGACGCGAAACGGGCAUGCAGGAGGUCAGAAGCUGGUGGCCAUGAGUACAGCAGCCACAUGGUAAGCACCUGUGCCCUGCUGUCCUGGAGCACAGACGACCAGGAGCCACGGCCACAAGGCCCACCUGCACCGCGACCAGAGUGUGGCCAGGAGAGGCCGAGCUCAGUGAGUCUGCAGAACGGCGGAAGGAGCUCAGCCCAGCCUUGCCUGAGAUGUAUUGCGGGGGAGUCUGGCCAUUUUAACCAUACCGCGAAUCAUUAGAAGAUGCAAAUGGGAAGAAGGAAGAUUCCAGUUGGGUUUGAACCCCCAUGCGACAGCCAGUGCAGAUACCUUCCAGCUGACCUGGGUGCCCGCCUGUUCAGAUGACAGCCAGGGCUUCCUACAGGGGUUGUUUGCCUCUCAGGCAAUCCCACUCCCUCUGCAGAAGGCCAGGAACAUCCAGAGUGUGGUGGCUCAUUGCAGCCUCUUUUCUAAUGUUUCUGCUGAAGAGGAAAUCAUCUAGAAGUCAACCAAUUCCAUAUCAAGAUGCCCAGGGGUUUUGGAGCCUUGUAACUCGUGUAAUCACAAGGCACAGCUGGAGAUCUCGCUGCCUUUGGACUUUGGGGCUGUUCUGGACAUAACCGGGGCUGUUCACAUACUCUUUUUAAUUAAAAAAACUUAUUUUUAUAUUUAAAAUGCUCUAUAAUCCUGAUGUGAAUUUUGCUAAUUGUUAAUAUCCCAUCAAGCCAUGUAAUUCUCCAACUUUAGUUUGAGGGACAGAACCCCAUUGAUAUUAAAAUGGAAUUGCGGACA